UAGCAGCUGCUCCAUGUGAUGAGCACGUUCCUUCCACCUGAAGGCCUCCAUUUUGUCCCCAAAUCGUUGGUCCACCGUCUGGGUAGUUAGUGGGCUGGCAGGGGUUGCCCUGACUGGGGAACUGAUGGGUGGGGCUCCUGGCGGGGAGUUCAUAACUUCAUCAUCAUGAGAACUUAACUCGUUGUUUUGUGUGAAUCUAAACAAUGUGAAUAUUACAUAUUGUUAUUGUAUACAUACUUUCCUCGUCUCUAGAUUUUCUUUUGCUUGUUCUUUUUCUCUUGGGAGCAGGCCAGUCUAGUCCACGGUACACGGGUGGCCCUUGCAAGCUAAUCCUGGGCGAACGUCUGAGGGUCUGGUGGGGCUCCAGGACAAUUCGCUCUCCUUGUGUGGUGGAACUUCCUGGCGGGGUUGACGCCUCAUCAUCAACGUCAGGUGCAAACAUGGCAGCCCCAGCUCCACUCUUGUUCAUCAGAAUUAAUGGUCCAGGGGUGAAGUGCAUUUCUGCCCUGCGGGAUUCUAUCCCAUCAUCUAGUCUAUUCACAGAGCCAAAUUUUUUCUCAGCACGGGAUUCAAUGGCUGCCGCAGAUCUACACAGUUCCACAAUCUGCCCCCAGAGUGGCUGGCUGCAUAAAUGCCUCUCGUCAACGAAAAUUCUGGUCAAUGUCAUGGUGGCUUGUACGAAUUUCUCCAACACAUCCUGUUGCUCUGACAGCAUUAUGACUGUAUAUUCCCGCAGGGCCAGAAAGCUGACGUUGUCUUGUCCACGAAGGGAACACACAGCGACAUCUGUUCCAUGGCCACGGUGUCUGUAGCUUCGUCAGCCAUAAAUCCAAACACACCUGCAUCAUAGCGCUCAGCAACCAGGUCAUCAGUUAUGAUUUUAUGCAGAUGGAUAUCAACUCGUUCUGAAUCUGUGGGGGAGUAUAUUUUGUUCUAGGAUUGCAUGUGUUUAAGUGUUUAAAUAGAACCUGGUUGUAAUUUGCCUGGUAGUGUAAAAGCAAUAAACUGGAUUUUCAUUACUUGCAUAUUUGGACCAGCAUUUUCCCUUUUUGUACUUCUUUAACAGCUGCUUGUAGUGCACAUACUGAGUAUUGAUUAGCUUUGUUUCGUGUUGAUUUUUUUUGUAAUAGAGACAAUCAACGUUAUAGAUAAUUUUUGACCCAUGGGGUUAAAUACCCUCAUUUUUCAAAGCAUUGGGUCAAUGGUCAAAUUUUGCCUUGCGUGAAGGUAAUUUGCGAAAAGUAAAACAAGAAUAU